AUGGACGACUCCGCUCUCAAUCUCCUCGUCACCGAUGACACCGGCACCUCCAGCAAUCCGAAGAGACUGGAUGCAUGGUUCGCCGGAUUGACGCCCCAGUCGCCGACACCUGGAAGCAGCUCGGGGGCCACCUCGUCCCAUGUCCCCAAUACCGUCGAGCACGAAGAAGCCGUCCUGGCACGCGGCCGAUCAGCUCUUGCCGCUGGUCAUGCCGCGGUCCUUGACAGUGGUCGACAACUCACCCUGUUCCUUCAGCCGGAUCCCGCGUCAGGAAGGAGGGUCGCAGAUCGGGCAAAGCAAGACAACGCCACCAAGACCGAGCCCACCGACCUCGAAGCCUUCAAGAUUUUCUUCGAGGUCGAUGUGAAGGAAUACGUUUCCACGUUGACGGACGCGCUGAAGUGGUGUGCACAACGUGGCAUACCCAGGACUUCGGUCUUUCGAUCAUGCGAGCCGGGCAGUCAGUCCGUUCGCAUCGAUGGUCGAGAAGUCGCGACAAUGACCUGCCCGGGAAUGAGCUCGCCCCUUCCUACUGAGAUCUGUCUCCAUCAGCAUCGCGCAUUGGCUGCGGGAAUCCGGUCACUCCUGGUCCUCUACGAUCAGAGCCUGACCGCGUCCGUGGCGCACAACACGCCAAGUCGGCCGCCAUCUGCCGAGAUGUGCGAGCGGAUCCAAGCGCUGACCAAGAGGCGAUCUGCUCAACACUACAUGAACACAAAACUCGCACGCGACAACCUUUUGCGGUCGGCGUCAAUGACCUCUGCGAGUCAAGAUCUGGAGAAGCUCGUCCAGGUAGCCAAGGAAGAUCCGAAGGUUGCAGCAAGGUGGCAGGACCUGGUUGAGAAUCUUUUACCGGCCGUCCAGCCAGCACUGAGCGGCAUCUCGCAGUACUGCCAGAAUCACGGCGUACCUGACCAUCUCGUUACGUCUUCGUGUUACUCAGCAGAUCAAGACAUCUCGGAUCCCCAGGGAUCUCAGCUAUCUGCACCGGGUAGCGCGUGCCCCAGCGAGAAUCUUCUUGGCUUCAGCUCCGUCGUCGUCGCCAAAGCAUGCGAGCUCUCCGGUUUGAAGUUCCACGAUGAUUGGCAAUCGGCAUUCUUAUCGAGGCCAUACGCAGUGGACAGUACGCCUGGGUGGGAAGAAGAGCAGUGGCGGGAGCGCAUAGGGGAGUCAUCCGCCGCACUUGAGGACUGCGUGGACAGCCUUCGGACGGCGAUGCGCAAUGUAGUGCCAGCGAAGCAUCAGACGCAGCAGCGGAUUCUUUGGUCCAAGAUGAGCCUUGAGAUCCAGACAGAUCCGGCGGUCAUGGCCGCCCUUCGGGAGCUGCUGCUCGAAGAACUGCCAAGAUACCAGACGGUGAUCGAACAAGCGCGGCAAUGGGGGAAGGAUCAGCGGCCUGAGGCCGACUGGUUUGGGUCGGGCAACGCUAUCACCGAGUCCAUGGAGAAUUGCAAGCUGAUGUAUGCGUGA